UCUUCGCCGGUGAAGUUAACAAUUGUCAUGGCGGACGCUGCUGUAACGUUUCUGUUGGACCAAUUAUCAGUGUUGAUCCGUGAAGAGUACUCGCUCUUGGGAGGGAUUAGAGAUGAUGCGGAAGACGUCAAGAAUGCUUUCGAUCGUUUGACGGCGGUUUUGAGAGUUGCGGACGAGACGGAAGAAAGUGAUCCUCAAGUUAAAGCUUGGGUGAAGAUAGUCCGGGAGCUGGCUUAUGACGCCGAAGAUGUACUUGACGAAUUCUUGAUCCGCUUUGGAGGUGGGUGGAGCAGUGGGGGAUUCUAUGGUAAGAUCAAGAACAUAUACACUUCCGUCAAGAACUUGAGAGCUCGGCGAAGGCUUGCUCUUGCGCUGCGAAGGAUCAAGGCCAGAGUGAACAAUAUCUCUCAGGAACAGCCAAGCUUGUUAACAACCUCUGCUCACACUGUCCACAGCUACAACAAAUGGUGGUAUGAUAGCCGAGGGGAUGCCCUUUUGCUAGAAGAGUCGGAUCUGGUAGGUAUUGAAAAACCCAAGCAUUUUCUUGUUAGUCUUCUGCUUGACGUUGAUGAUGAUUUAAAGAUUCAUUCUGUAGUCGGAAUGGGGGGUUUGGGAAAGACUACUUUGGUUAAAAAAGUUUAUGAUGAUGCCAAAGUGAUAAGUCACUUUCAGUAUCAUGUGUGGGUUACAUUUUCUGAAACAUUUAAGAUUGAGGAGUUGCUAAAAGAUGCAAUUAAGCAACUAGUGGAGCAAACUAAGCAAAAGCCCACUCAAGAUUUUGAAGCCAUGAACUCAAAUAAAUUGAAAGAAUUCAUUAAGAACAUUCUUUCGGGACAAAGAUACAUAAUUGUUCUUGAUGACAUUUGGGACAUUAAUGCUUGGAUGGCUAUCAAAUAUUCAUUUCCUAGGCAGAGUUUUGGUAGUCGUAUACUUAUCACAACAAGGAAUAGUGAAAUUGGUGCCUACACAAGCCACGAAACCCGCGGCGGCAUUGUCUACCCUUUAGAGUCCUUGUCCUCUGAAGAUUCAUGGACUUUGUUUUGUAGAAAGACAUUCUUAUGUGGUUUGUGCCCUCAACACUUGGUGAACAUUGCUAAGAACAUCUUAAAGAGAUGUGAUGGUCUACCCCUAGCGAUUGUGGUGAUAGCUGGGGUGUUGGCUACAAAGAGUGAGAGCAUUGAAGAAUGGGAAAGAUUCCAGAGCUGCCUCAACAUCCAAAUGGAAAGCAAUGACGGGAUGAUGAACAUGAAGAAUUUGCUUUCCCUCAGUUACUAUGAUCUACCAUAUUAUCUCAAGUAUUGUUUCCUGUACUUAAGCAUCUUUCCAGAGGAUAUCAUCAUUGAAAAAAUGAGAGUGAUUCGACUAUGGAAUGCAGAAGGGUUUGUUAGGGAGAACGGCCAACAUCAAGUAAAAGAAAAAGUUGCUGAAGCAUAUCUCAAUGAAUUACUUCAUAGAAACUUAAUUCAAAUAGUAGAGAAGUCUGACGAUGGAAGGAUGAAGGGCUUUCGAGUGCACGAUAUUUUGCGAGAAGUUAUUCUUUCCAAGUCAGUAGAGCAAAACUUUACAAUCAUUAUUGCCACUGGGCAGAACAUAGAACCUUCCAACAAGUUUCGACGUCUAGCAAUCCAUAGGUUUGAUGAAAAUAUUAUACAAUGCACUUCAUCAAAUAUGCAUCUUCGUUCUCUACAUUUCUUUGAACCACUUUCAAGCUCAGCAGUAUCAUCUUCAUUAUCAAAGAUGUUUACUGCUAAAUAUAUUCCUCUAAAGGUAUUGGAUUUAAGAGGUGCUGAACUAGAGGAAAUUCCCGAUGAAGUUUUCAACUUGUUUCAACUGAAGUACUUGAGUUUGAGAAGAACAAAGUUGAGAAGCGUUUCCAAAUCUAUAGGACGUCUUCAAAACUUAGAGACACUUGAUUUGAAGCAAACUGAUGUGAUUGAGUUGCCAAAUGAACUCUUAAAACUUUGUAAACUUUGGCAUCUCCUUGUAUACCGUUACCAAGACGAAUGGAGUAAUCCUUGGAUUAGUACGCAAAGCUUUAAUACUCCAUUUAAGAUUGGAGAAUUACUGUCUUUACAAAAGUUGUGUUUUAUACAAGCAAAUGAUACUAAUGUAGUGUCUGAGAUAGGAAAGCUAACACAACUAAGAAGACUUGGAGUUACAAAACUGCGACAUGAGGAUGGUAAAGAAUUUUGUUCGUCAUUUGAAAAGUUGACAAACCUUUGCUCUCUAUGUCUUGUGUCAAAUUCAGAGGAUGAGAUCCUUGAUAUUCAGCAUCCUCUAUAUGUCGUUCCUCUUCGUCUUCGUACAUUACAAUUGAUAGGGCAUCUGGAAAGAGUACCUCAAUGGUUAUCCUCACUUGUAGGCUUAACCAGUCUACGCUUGCAAUGGAAUAGGCUUGUUGAAGAUCCAUUGCCAUUUUUCCAAGAUCUACCCAUGUUAGCAUAUCUUUGCCUUUUAAAGUCUUAUGAAGGGGAAGGAUUGUGCUUCAAGGCCAAAAAGUUCUCAAAGCUCAAGCAUCUGCGUAUCAUCGGCUUCGAGGCACUAAAAUGGAUAAGAAUUGAGGAAGGUGCAUUACAUCAUCUUGAAGAGUUUUACAUGGAUGAAUGCAAAUUGCUUGAGCAGGUGCCGCUGGGCAUUCAACAUUUGUCUAAUCUUAAAGCAAUUAGUAUCCAUGAUAUGGGUGACAAAUUGAUGGCAAGUUUAGAGCAAAAUGGUGAAAACUAUGCAAAGAUAUCUCACAUUCCAGAAAUUACCAUUUCACAUAUCAUAAAUGGUAAGCGGAAGUAUUUCUUUCUUUCCAAAGGUUGAACCCCAACCCUAAAGGCCUCCUACAUCCCGACCCGACAAAGCAUCUGGUAAGGAGAAGUAUUUCUUUUAAUUUAAUGGCCGGUGGUCACGAGGUUUAGUAUGUGUUGUAUUAUUACUUGUAUAUCUAUACUUUGUGAUUUUAAUUUAGUUGUUUUUCAGUGUAUUAAAUUAUAUCUUUUGAUUGUAAUAUUAAUUGAUGGUAGAUUAUAAUAUGGUGUUAUUGUAUUGUCUAAUAUGGCACUUUGAUGACCUCUAAUACUCUUUGAAAGUGUUCAUCACCAAAGAUUUAUCCACAAGU